UCAAACUCAUAGAACUGGUGCACCAAAGAAAACUUUUUAACCUUCUCAUCACAAAAAUAACCAAUUUACUUUUUGCAUUUUUACCUUCGAAUCCUUUAAAAAACUACCUUCAAAAUGCCAUUUAUGAAAGGAGCUGCACCCGUCCGGAGGACUAUGAAAUUCCUGACUGCUGGCAAACUUGUUUUAAAAGAUAAAAUAAAGAUUUUCUCUGUGAAUUACAAUACCCACGGUGAUCAUCAUCUUGGAGCUAGGGACUUCGUUUUCUGGAAUAUCCCUCAAGUACAAUUCAAAAAUCCAAAUGUUCAAGUGGUAACAUUCAAAAAUAUGACUCCAUCACCAUUCAUCCGGUGUUAUUAUCAAGACGGCAGGGAUAUUCUUAUUGACAUCGAUAGUAAAAACCGUGAACAAAUUCUGGAACAUCUAAUCAAAGUUAUUGGCAAGUCACAGGAACAACUUGUGGCCGAAGCUCUGCUUGUUGAGAAAAAGGAUAAUCCUGCUAACUUCGGUGUUGGCUGCGAUAGACAUUGCAUCUGCGAAAUACCUGGACAACUCCCAUGCCCAGGCACAAUCCCAGUUCCCGAACAUAUGCGCGGCAAACACAUAUUCCAAUCGAAGUAAAUUUUGUAGUCAAUAAAAACAAAGUUAUCAAAAAUCCA